AUGUGCAAAGCCAGGGCCAGGGAUUAUGCACCAAGACGCACUAGCGCCAGUAACUACUCGCUUACUGGUGACCACAGACAGAGCGCAAAUUCGACCAGUUCCGACAUCAGCUCUUCGACAAUACAACAAAGCCAAAUCGACAACAACAACCGUCGCCAUGGCCAAAUCCAAGAACUCGUCCCAGCACAACCAGUCCAAGAAGAACCACCGAAACGGUCCAUCUACAACGCGAAGGAUCGUGAAUGCGUUGUUGAGAACCAAAAGCUGAUACAAUGGCAAUGCAGUAUCAAGAAGCCCAAGACCCACCGUUACCCCUCGCUCAAGGGAACCGACCCCAAGUUCAGGAGGAACCACAGGCAUGCUCUUCACGGCACCAUGCGCGCUCUGAAGGAGGUCAAGGAGGGCAAGCGCGACGCGGCAUAA